AUGAAUUUAUACGAAAUUCUUGGUGUACCAUCAAAUUGUUCAUUGAAUAUUCUUCGACAAGAAUAUCAUCGUCUUUUACUUGAAUAUCAUCCAGAUAAAACAAAUUCAAAUGAUUUAACAAAUAGAAAACGUUUUGAAGAUAUUCAAUAUGCUUAUAAAAUACUUUCAAAUGUUGAACUUCGAUUAAAAUAUGAUCAAGAACAAGAACGUCGUCAUUUACAUACUCUUCCACAUACAAAUAUUAAUUCGAAUGAUUUUAAUGAUGAUGAAUAUACUUGUCGAUGUGGAACUAUUUUACAAAUUGAUGAUGAAAUUAAUUUUGAUAUUAUUGAAUGUCCAAAUUGUUCUAUGAAAAUUCAAUUAAAAGAUAAAUAA